AGCCAAUCAAAUAAAGCCCUUUCAGAAGAAUAAAGGCCUGUUUGAGAAAUACUUUACUAAACAAAUUAGAUUGCUUCUAUCGGAUUACCGAACAGUACAUGCUUGGUUACAGUGUUACCAUGAUGAUGGCCAAAUCGGUCGACAUACGAUAUACAUGUUAUUUAAUUUUUAAUGUUUAUAUAAAAGAAUUAAACGACUUAUAGCAUGACUAAAAUGACUGACACAGUUCAGUCAGGCAGUGUUGCUAUAACUACAAAGGACGCUGUACAAGGUCAUACCGAUGAAGUCGAAAAGGUAGAAAAGCAUGGAGAAGAAAAUAAACAAUUAGACGCUAUCAAAGAGAAUGAAAAACGACAAAAUGAACAGAACAUUGAACUUAAAAAAGUGGACCAAAAGAAACAAGUUGAUGAGAACACUAACAUGAACAAAGUAGAGAGCAAAAUGAAGGAUGCAAGUGUUGGAGAAAUUAUUGCAGAAAAUAUGAAAGAAAAGGUAAACAAAGUCAACAAGGAAAAUGUGGAUGAUAAUCAUAAUGAUGUUGAUCCAAAGGUAAAAAAGAACAAACAAAACAGACAGAAAACUCGAGACUCAAUCAAAUUGGAGCAUAAUAAUAUAGAAAUGCCUCCACUGAAACAAGAACAUGGAAAUAUCUCUCCAAGACCUCCACAACAGGAUCAAGACAAUCUUGCAAAACCUGAUACAGCGCAAAAAUAUAAUAAUAAAAACUCUCGCCAAAAGGAAUCUAGUUUUAUCAAAGAAGUUAAAAUGGAGGCAAGAAAGGCGGAGGCAACAAUGUUAUCAGUUGCAAAACCACUCCCACCCCCUCCUAAAAAGAAAAUGAAGAAGUCAAUAUUUAUUUCAUAUUCUCCUGAUGCUGGUUUUCUUGAGAGAAAAUUUGUUGUUGAGACUACAAAACAAUUAAAAGAAAACAACUUGUCAGAAGACAUCUGGUUUGAUAAGGAUGAGAAAAACACAGACAGUCCUAUAUGGUUCUCACUAAGAAUGGAAGCUGUAGAAAGAUGCAGGGCAGCUGUUUUGAUCAUAUCGGAAAGCUAUCUGAAUUGCCCUGUCUCAGUUUAUGAAGCAAAAACUGUCCUUGAGAGACAAAAAGCCGACCCCAAUUCCAUCACAAUUUUAACAGUAUUAUAUUCAUCAUCUGAGGAUAUGGAAAUCCCAAAAGCAUUCACUCCGUUGUAUUCUAAUAUUAUAGAUCUUACUAGCCAAGCGAUAGCAAAAUUAAGUUUGGCGGAGAAAAGCUCAAUUGCUGUCGGUAACCUGAUGGAAACUUUAGAUCGAAUUGCAACAAUGAACGUUCCACCUCAGCCAAAAACUCCUGAGGAAGAAUUCACCGGAGAUUACAAAAAGAAAAAGAUCUGUCAAUGGAGUAACAAUGAUCUUCAAGAAUGGCUGUUUAAACUUGGCAUUAAAGAGUUCUACAGGCAAAGUCUGGCUGAAUAUAUGGUAGAUGGGUUCCUUUUAAUGUCCAUGACAGAUCAGGACAUGAUCAACCAUUUACAGGUUGAUAGUAGAGUUGUACGGAAGAAGGUGAUGCAACACAUUCUAGCUACAUUAGAUAAGGAACAUAAGUUAAAUGACAACUGGCAUCUUCGGUCUAGAACUCAACGUUCAAGACCAAAUUGUGUUUAUUUGGUAUAUGAUCCAGCUGAUGUGAGGUUGGCUCAAAACUUGAAGCAAGAUCUCCUGAAGAAAGGCCUGCAGGUGAUACACCACCAAAAACUUGGCCAAUCAAAGGAUGAGUUUUUGAGUCUUAAUGGGCCACAUAUGGCAGCUGCGACAUAUGUUCUUGUCCUAUUAACCGAUGCUACUACGGGGUCUCCAUUUGUAUUCCAUGAAGUCCUAUUUGCUGAUUGGUUAGGAAAGAAAUUAGUUACUGCAAUGUUCAAAAAUACCUGGCCGACUUUAAGACCAGUUUUAAAAGCAAUUCUAGGCGAAUGUCCAUCUGUAGAUUUUGAGACUAAGAUGUAUACAGAGAGUAUGGAUGUGUUAGAACACCACAUCAAACCCCUACGCAGUGUCGCUGGUGUCGUUUUAGAGCAGUCAUAUCUCAACAAAAUGGCGGAGGGUCUGAAACCUCUAGGAGUCCUUGCUAAUGCCAAUGCAUCCAGUGGCUCCACCUAUGAGUGGCCGAAUGGUGAAGAAGAGGAUGCAAAGGUGUUCAUUAGUUACCAGUGGGACAUGCAAUCCCGGGUAGAAGAUAUACGUCACAACCUAGAGACCAAUGGCUACAGUUGUUGGGCAGAUAUAAGUCCUGCUACACUCACCAGAGGGCACAGUAGUAUGAGUACACGGAGCGUUGUUUCAGCAAAUGCAACGGAGGCAGCCAUUGAGACCCUCCAGAGUCAGAUUCAACGCACGAUGAAAACCGCAAUUGUUGUGAUAUGUUGCAUCACACCAAAAUACAUGCAGAGUGAUAAUUGUAUCAAAGACCUCACUUUAGCGGAGACAUUGAAAAAGCCAAUUAUUCCUCUUAUGUUGCGUUUCUGCCCUGCCUGGCCUCCAGAGGGAGCACCUGCUCAAGUGCGAAAAAUUCUAGCAAGACAUAGCAGCAUUGAUCUCAGUAAUGAUAAACUUUACAAACAAAAUCUUUCCCAGGUUGUUGAAAGGAUUAAGAAGGCAACAAACCCCCAGAAAUGAUUCAGUGUUAAUGUUCAGUUAGCCUGAAAAGCAAAUGUGUCCAGGAAGGUUUCUCUGAAUGAAAUUGAUAAAAAGCAAGACAAGAAAAGGUGAUAAGUCAAAGAGACAGUAUAGGUCUCAGAAAUCACAUGUGUAUGCAUUCUGGUGAUGAUAUGCGUGACAUAAGACAUAAGGUGUUAACUAAGUCAUUUAGGGAGGAUAA